GACUAUGAACUCUUUGCCCUCAUUCCCAGUGUGCGUUAAGCAGCCUCAGAAAUCUGUUUCCCGUCUCCAUGAGUUCAUAUUUACACAGCCUCAGGGAUUUGGUUCAGUCUCCAUGAGCCCAGCUGUGAGGGACUACAAGAGCAUCCUGGCAAAGCUCCAGGAGGGAGCAGGAUCUAGUUGGGCCCUGUGAGCUUGAGGUGUUGUCCAAGAUCACCUCGUGUUGGGAGGAGCUGAGGGACAUUCUUGUCCUGGAGGGUGCCCCUGUCCCCUCUGUGGCCCCGGGGAUGGCAGAAGACACUUGUGAAGAAGGUGGAGACUCGGCUGCUGUGAUGGAGCUACUGCAGGAGGGAGCAGAGGGAAGGACCAAUUUCAGCCUCAGGUGCACCAAAGACAGAAAGGUGACCAUUGUGGUCACUGUGCUCACCGUGGUGCUGCUUCUCACAGUUGUCAUCAUCGCACUGGCGGCUAAGAAACACCAAUCCUGCACUGCUCCAACCCUGCCCAGUUGCUUGGAGAGUGGGAUCGGCUUUGGGAACAAGUGCUUUUACUUCCUGGAGGAGGAAGUGGACUGGGAAGGGAGUCAGCACUUCUGCCUCUCCCGCCAAGCCCACCUGGCCACCAUCGACACCAGGGAGGAACUGAAUUUCCUCCUGCGCUAUGGGAACUUCAUGGAGUACUGGGUUGGUCUCCGGAGGGAAGGUUCUGGACCUUGGAAAUGGCUCAAUGGUUCCCUCUUCAAUGCCCUGUUUGACAUCCAGGGCAACGGCCACUGCGCCUACACGAACUCGCACAGGAUCAGCAGUGACAGGUGCUCUGAGAUGAAAUUCUCCAUCUGCAGCCACCUGCAGAAACACCCCAGUGAAGUUCAGAAGGAUUCAGAAAUCCUGAAUUCCACCUGAAACCUCCCUUUUAGCAGAGAUCCACCACCAGCUGCUGUUAAUCCCACACAAUGUGGUGCUGAAUCUCUGUUGUUUGUAUUUGUUUAAAUUUUAGCUAAAAAGAACUCACAGGUUGGGAUGAGUCUGUUUGCUGAAACUCUCUCAGUUAAGAUAAGUCCAUUUGCUAAAGUGAAAAACAAUGAUUGUGCAAAAAAAAAAUCAAUCAAAACCUCCACUCUGGAGCAGGUGAUGAAGAGGCAAACUGGGAAGGGCUUGCAUGGGAGAAGUCUAUGGAGGACUGACCUCAUGGAAGGGACCCCACCCCAGAGCAGGGCAAGGACUUCUCUCCCUGUUGGGGAGGUAGCAGUAUGAAGUGAGCAUAACCCCACUCCCAUUCUGCCUGCACUAGUGGUGGGAAAGAGGGAGGGAGUUGGGGAUAAAGUGAAGCCUGGGAAGGAGGGAAGGGUGGAGGAAAGGAGUUUCAUUAGGAUUAUUUUUGCUUGUCAUUUUGCCUCUUCUGGGACCCCAAGGGCAACAGCCCAUGCACAACAGUCCAAACUGCUGGAGAUGCCCUUGGCCACAUUCCCUGUCUGUUCCACGUUCCUAGUCUCUUCUGUGUCAUUUGGCUCUGUGGGGCUGGGGGCAGCAGUGAGACCCAGGGCAGCCCUGGGGUAGAACAACCCUGAGCCCCAGAUGAGCCCAUUCCCCCAGUUCCAAACAGAGAGGCUGCAGGUUGCUCCCAGAUUGGGCCCAGUCACUCCCACUAUGGUCCCUGUAGUUCUCAUUAUGAUCCCAGUCACUCUCAGUAUGAUACCACUGUGAUCCUGGCAUGGCCCCAGGGGUUCUCAUUCAUCCCUAAUAUGGUUCCAGUCACCUCCGGUAUGAUUAUUCCCACUAUGGCUCCAGUCCCAGUAUGAUUCUAAUAUGAGCCCAGUCACUCUCAGUACGAUGCCAUUUCUUCCCACCAUGGUCUCAGUUACUCCCAAUAACCCAGUAUGCUUCCACUCACUCCCAGAUACUCCCAGUAAUAUUCCAGUUUAACUCCCUUUAUGAUUGCUCUAUGAUCUCAGUCAGUCUCUAUAGAGAGUUUUUUAGCAGAUGGUGGGCACGAUAUAUUAGUAAAAGCCUGUCUGCACAAACCAGCCUCUGGAAUAAGUCGUAAUAUUAAGGGCUAAAAUCCUUGAAACUUGCUUGCAGAAGAGAGAGUAAAGCAAAACAAUAUUAAUAUGUACAAGGGAAAGAAUGUAAACUUGUGUGUACUAGCCAAUAGUGGCCUGCUCUGCCCGCGGACCCUGUAAAACCCUAUAAAAGGUGUGUUAAUAAUAGAAAUAAACGGUGUU